AUGAACACCCCAUCCGCAUCUGGACCAGGCACGCGCCUAAGAGCCAAAAAAGCCUGCGAGACAUGCAGGCUGCGCAAACGGAAAUGCGACGGGCGGCACCCAUGUGCUGCUUGCGUGCACUACGAAUACGACUGCGAAUAUGGCACCCAGCCGCGGAAGAGACCGGCACCGGGCUCCACGUCCGCAGCGACCGCGUCGUUCGUGCAGCCUGUAAUCCAGCAGUCGAGUCGCUCCGGGAGUGAUCCCGGGCUCAAUCAGGAACUUAUGGAAUCUACGUCGGGAACGGCAUUUCCUCAUCUCCUUGGGAUGAAGCUGAACCCGAAAGACGCGCCGGGAGUGCAUGGGUUUAGUUGGAAUUUGGGACCAAGAGGGGAUCCAGUUCUUCAGUUUACGAAUAUAACGGGACUAUUGACCGAGGAUGAGAUGGAGAGAUUGGCGGGAAUCUACUUGGAACAGGUCCAUCCAGUGUAUGCCGUGGUGGAAGCGGAUGUUCUCGCUAGGAAGAUUUCCCAGCGAUGGAAGAAAAUGGACAGUAUCGAUAGCUACGAUUCGGUGCUCUGCGGGGUUGCGGCGUUGGGAUCGCUGUAUUCCGGUCUCGAGGGCCAUGGAAGAGAGACUGAGAUUGUGCAGUGCGCUAAAGAGAUGCUUGAGGCCACCAGCGUCAUGAAUCGACCGCUGUUGCACCAUGCCACGGCCUGGGUCCUGCGGGUGAUUUAUCUCCGCAGUACGAGCUCCCCACAUGCCUCGUGGAUGGCUAGCUGUACCGCGAUGCAUAUCAUCGAGGCUACAGGGGUGCAUCAGGAUCCACAGCUAGGUUCCCUGGUAUAUUCGGAUACGCGCGACACCGGCGGCGAUGGCGAGACACUACGACGGCUGUUCUGGGUGGCCGUCACGCUCAACGCAUGGAUUGCCAACGAGUAUGGCCGGUCGCGCGUGUCCAUUCGGGGCGUAUCGUGCAAGCCUCCGUCGAUGAGAGACGGCGAUUUCACAGCUGAUUUGAUUGCCAUGUAUCAGAUAUCGCAGCAGCUGGAUCCCGAUCAUGUCAAUGAGCCGACAGAUCUGGUGGACUGUCUGGCACAAGUCGAGCAACUCUCCUUCAGUCAUGAUGCUUUGAAGCUGUCGCAGACUAAUCUGGCGCUAACCAUAUAUCGGCGACUACGCGUUUCCUCAAUCAGUACCUCCAACAAGGUGUUGGGUCGCAUUAUUGACUUUGGCGCGAUGGGACUGCGCGCGGCCGUGAGGCUGGCAGAGGCUCGCUGUCCCUGGUGGCAUGUAGCUAAUGUCCCUUUCCAGGUGGUUUGCACCCUACUGGCGAUGGAUACGCGAGAGUCCCUGUCGGGCGUGGGCGAUGCGAUGCGAUCUCUCAAGACGGUUGCGCAAUGCUUCCGGACGUCGCACAUUCAGCGUGCGGUCGAUGUGGCCGAGUCCCUUGUCCGUCUGUCACGACGAAACAAGGAGAGAGAUCUGGAUGUUCUCAAGGAUGGAUUGCAGGAGGGAAAUGUUCUCGAUGAGCCGAGCCAGACCAUGUGGUUGACGGAGGAGACGAUCGGAGGGAAUGUUGAGGUGGAUUGGGAUGCUUUCUUGGCGGAUAUUUCACUGUUUGACAACAGUGCUCAAGUUGGGUCGCCAUAUCAGUGA